AUGAACGACCUGUCUCUGCGAUCCGAUUCAUCAACGCAUCAGCACACGCCCUAUAAUUACACAACAGCGAAACGUACGUUAAACGGCAAAAAGUUGUCAUCUACAAAGAGUUCCGGCACUUUCUCCCGGUCAACUGGCCCCUACAAGCGACCCACAUCGGACCCGUUAAACAGAAACGCCCAAAAUAUUCGAUCUACAAUGCGGCUGAGGCGCGGCGCGUCUGCUGUUUUACUUCUCAUAUUACAUAUGAGUUGUACGUUGGGCGAUCAACCGUCAAAUGAAAAUGGCGGUGGAGCUGGGAAUCCGAGUCCCGACUCAAACAACGCCGUGGAGCCUUCGAGCGAUCAGCUGGCGAUGGAAUCUUCGGAGAGGGAUACGCCGAGCCAUGCAUAUAAUGGUCCGCCACCUCCUGUUCCUCCCCCUCACAACAGGAGACAGAACCCACCUCAUCACCAGCCACAUCAUCCGAUAGGCAUGCCAAGAAUUACGAACCAUCAUCCUAUUCACUCCAAGCCCUUUGCUCUUGGACCUGCUGUAAAUCACCAUAAGAAUGAAAUUGGAUCUAGUUUCCGUGGACCUCCACCACCACAAGCUCCUCCAGCCGAUGCUCAAACUUCUGCGAGUGAUAAAGUUUUCAGCACCACAGGAGACGUAUGGCCAGCACCUGCUCCAGAUAUGCCAAAAAUAGUUUCCCUCGAUGUAAAAUGUGAGAAAAAUGCUAUGCGGGUGUUUCUCAGUUUUGAUAAACCCUUCUUUGGCAUAGUAUUCUCUAAAGGACACUAUUCAAAUCAUCAAUGUGUUCACCUUCCACCGAAUCUGGGUAGAACAUCAGCUUCUUUCGAAAUUGGAGCUCAUGCUUGUGGCACAGCCGGAAGUGGUGACCCGAGAUACAGAGGUGAUGUAGCAGCAGCGGGAACCUAUUUUGAAAACGUUAUUGUUAUUCAAUACGACCCACAAGUGCAAGAGGUUUGGGAUCAAGCAAGAAAAUUAAGAUGUACGUGGCACGACCAAUACGAAAAGGCAGUUACAUUUAGACCUUUUCCGGUCGAUAUGCUCGAUGUUGUUAGAGCUGACUUCGCUGGCGAUAAUGUCGGUUGCUGGAUGCAAAUUCAAGUCGGUAAAGGACCUUGGGCGUCUGAGGUUUCUGGUUUGGUUAAAAUAGGACAAACUAUGACAAUGGUGUUGGCCAUUAAAGAUGAUGAUGCUAAGUUUGACAUGUUAGUACGUGAUUGUGUCGCUCACGAUGGACAACGUGCACCAAUUCAACUUGUUGAUAGACGGGGUUGUGUCACAAGGCCAAAGCUUAUGUCAAGGUUUACGAAAAUCAAGAACUUUGGAGCUAGUGCAUCCGUCCUAUCAUAUGCUCACUUCCAAGCGUUUAAAUUCCCAGACUCAAUGGAAGUUCAUUUCCAAUGUACGAUACAAAUCUGCAGAUACAGAUGUCCCGAGCAAUGUUCUGAAGGGCAAAAUGUAAUUGCUCCGCACGCUGAAUAUGGGCCUCCACAAAUUGAUUCUUAUCCUGUAGGCGUGGAAGUAAGGCGAGACGAAAGACGAGUGAGGAGACAACGACGGGCAACAUCUCCAGAAAAAGAAGUCGGCGUUAACAGAGUAAUUCGUGUCGUUUCAGCAGGAGAUUUAAAUUUAGAUUCUUCAGAAGAAUCUUCGGCACCUAGAGUAGUUCCGACACCAGGGCUCGUAUGCAUGACUACCCCUGGCUUCGCCGCGACACUUGGGGCUCUUCUCGUUACUCUAAUAAGUUCAUGUGCUGUAUCAGCGGUUCUAUUCUUUAAACUACGACCCAUUACCAAGUUGAAAAAGAAGACUGCACCCAUCGCAACGAUAACUCGACCACACCCCGCAACGGGACCACACGUUAUUUCAAAAAGUCGAUUCUACUCGUAA